AUGCUUUAAGGAUAGCAUUAACAUUCUGAUUUCAUAGCUGUUAUACUUGUUUAUGGAAUUAUUUUCAGUGAAUAUUAUGCUUUUGUAUUUAUCUUCCUACCUGCAUUCCUUAAUAAAGUAAUUUGUUUUUCCUUAAAAUUAGCAUGGUCAUGUUUCUUAUUUGAUUGGAAUAGAAUUUACAAUAAUUUUCAUUUUCUUAAAUUUCUCUUACAUUAUGAUUUAAUAUGUCAAACCAGGAUAUCCUCCAAAAGAUUUAGUAUUUAUUUUUCAAAAGAAAUAGGCUAAACAUUAUCAUGAAAGAACAUUGGAAGAUAUCAAAUAAAGAACAAAAAAAAUGACUGAAAAAAUUAAUAAACAUAGAUAAAGAAGAAUGUAAAACCAUAUUGAAUUUCAUGUUGAGAAUGAUGAUGAAAUUGUAAUAAAAUAAUUUUAUAAUAUGGUUCCAGCGAUAUUAUUUAAGUAUUAUAAUUAGUUUCAUACUGCUUUAAAUGUGAGAAUAUAAAAUUACCAAGAACACAUCAUUGUAAAGAAUGCAAUAAAUGCGUAUUAAGAAUGGUAAAUAAAUUUAUAAUAAUUAGGAUCAUCAUUGUCCUUGGGUGAACAAUUGUGUUGGCUUGAAAAACCAUAGGUAUUUUUGUCAAUUCAAUUUCUAUGCUAUUUUGUGCAUGAUCCAAUGCACUUUAUUUAUUUCUUAUGAUUUAUUUGUAAAUGAUAAGUUUGUAAUACAAGUAUAAUUUAUUUAAACUAUUUUCUAGGAUCUCACAUAAAAUUAGCAAUUUAUUUUAACUAUAUGCAAUGUUUCUUGCUUUGCUUUAGUACUAGUAAUGGGAUUUCUCUUGGGAUUUCAUUUAUAUCAUAUUGCUUAAAACAUUACCACUAUUGAAUACCACAUUAAUGAAAUAAAAGCAAAUGUAUAUAACACAUAGAAAAUACACUUAGAACCCUUUCAAAAAACCUAGAAUUAUUGAUAACUAUAAAGAGGUCUUUGGUCCUGAUAUUAAGUACUGGUUCCUUCCAAUGAGAAAUGCAGAAAAAAGUGCAUUCCCUAGAACAGACCUUUUUGAAGUUUGA